UGGUGCACAGGAACAAGCAGAAUCAAUUUCGAUGGAAUUCGUGGAGGCUCUGGAUUCCGUGCGCUCGCCUUCCUCUAUCGAAAUCUUAAAAUGGAUUCGGUCGGUCAUUUGGUCGGUCCAGAAAUCGACAAAAUUGCUGCUGUCCCAUUUUAUUCGAUCUCGACCAAUUAAAAUUUAGAGCUCAUGCUGAGGUUGCCACUCCACUCCCAUCAUUCACUCCACUUAACACAAAAAACGCACCAACAGUCGUCUCUGGCGCUAGCUUAACUUGCACGGCACGGCGGCGGGCAUGGCGAAGAUAAGGCAGAGGGGCAAAAGGCCCUCCCUCCGUCUUCGCCCCGUUCAUCCUCCUCCUCCUCCUCCUCCUCCGUACUACUUCUAUUUAGCUCUCCUCCCUUUGGCCCUUUUGGCUUCUCUGCAGUGGUGUCCUUCCCCUCCCUCCUUCCCCUCCCGCCGAACCCGCCGUGAGUCCCCUCCGCAUGUCUCCUGUCCACUGCUCGCGUCGCCUCCUCCUCCUCCGCGGGAAGCUCCGGUCCUCGGCGCGCUGCCAUGCCAACCCCCGCUGCUCCGCCUCCGGAGGCGAUGGAGGAAGAAUGCCUCCACAAGACGAAGCUCAUCAAAUUCUUCCGUGAGCGGGCGCGAAUCAUCCUUCAGGACAAGAAUGGCCCUUGUUCUCUCCUCGCCGAUCUGUAAUUGUCUUAUAUUACGAGGCAUGGGGGUGCUGGAUCAAAAUAGAGAUGAGUUUUCUCUAAAAGAAUUGCUGAAUUCGGUGGGCAAUGCACUGAUUGAUUCCAAUAGCAAUAUUGAGAAUGAGGAUGCUGGCUAUGAAGAAUAUCAUGGACAGGAAACUGAGGACCCAUUUGAACUGCUACUGGUCUUGCGACUGGCCUUUAUGUAAAUAUAAAGUUCCACAGGUUGAAUUGACUUUGUGACAAGUAUUCAAGUAGUAGC